AUCCAGAAGCUGUGCGACCGAGUAGCUUCUUCCACCUUGUUGGAUGACCGCAGGGAUGCUGUGCGUGCUCUUAAGUCAUUAUCCAAGAAAUACCGACUGGAGGUAGGCAUACAGGCUAUGGAACAUCUCAUCCACGUUCUUCAGACAGACCGUUCAGAUUCUGAAAUAAUUGGCUAUGCCUUGGACACUCUCUACAAUGUAAUAUCGAAUGACCUAGAAGAGGAGGAGCAAGGUAAGCGCUUGGUAUCUGAUGAUUUGGGAAGUCAGUUCACGGAGAUUUUCAUUAAACAGCAAGAAAAUGUCACGCUCCUGUUGACUCUUGUGGAGGAAUUUGAUUUCCAUGUUCGUUGGCCUGGAGUGAAACUACUUACGUCUCUCUUAAAGCAGCAAGGACCUCAAGUGCAGCAGAUAAUUCUUGUCAGCCCUAUGGGUGUUUCCCGACUCAUGGAUCUACUAGCAGACUCUAGGGAGGUCAUACGAAAUGAUGGAGUCUUGCUGUUACAGCAAUUGACUAAAAGUAAUGCAGCCAUACAGAAGAUUGUUGCCUUUGAAAAUGCCUUUGAGAGACUUCUGGAUAUCAUAACAGAAGAAGGAAACAGCGAUGGAG